UUGGGCUCUGGGUGGGGCUUGUGAGUGGGCCAGGGCCCAAACCCAAGCCCUUAAGGUUUAUUGGAUGUGGACGUUUCCAUUAUGUUGAGUUCAUUAGAGUGGUCGGCCUAGGUUCUAAACUUAGCGGAUAUGCUGGAGUAGUCGAUCUAGGCCGGCUAUUUGUCUUGAUGGCUUACGUUGGUAUAGGUUGUCCCUUUAGAAGUUUAGGUCAAGACCGGUAUAGGUUAUGCUAAGCCGGCCUAGGCUAUAUACUUGGCUGCCUUGAUAUGCACUGUUUACUUAUUUGGUCUAGUUUGGUUAGGUGUGGUACCUUAACAAUUUGAAUUUUUUUGGCCACCCUUACAAAUUCUUGUUGCAGGUGGCAUACUUCACGUGUUUGCUUAAGUGAUUGUUCUUUGUACCAAGUGACCAAACUUUUAUUCUCGUUUAAACACGUUCACACUCACAUUAAGCGAGAAAAUACUCACUUAAAACAUACAUCCUACCACUCUAAAUGAAAUAUUAUGUCUUCUCUUAUAAUGUGUUUUGUCAUGCAUUAAGCUUUGUUUAUGCACACAUAAGGGUAGCUUAAAGAAAUUAUACUAGCUUAGGAAACCAAACAAGUCUUUGCAUAAUCUCUUAAUUUUCAAUACAAUUUUUUUUGUCUUGUCAUGUCAUAGUCAGAACCAAUUAGAAACUUUAAGAAAAGAAAACGAUAGGAGACAAGAAAAGACAGAAAUAAAGACGUAUAGGUGGGAUAUUAAUAUUUUUAGGUCCUCGUCAUAGUUAAAAGAGAGAUGCUUUUAGAAACUAAAGCAGAUUUUAAUUAGGAAAACUUCAUAGUUAUUAGUGUAAUAUUUUCUUUUCUAUGAUUCAUAGUGGAUGUUGGUCUAAUUUCUUAAAUGCUAAGGAAGAAAAGGUUCUGUGAUGCUCUUAACGCGCUUCCAUAUGGUCCAACUUUUUAAAUGGCUAAAGUAAGAAAGGUUCUGUGAUUGGUAUAUAAAGAUCAUGUAUCUGACUGUAUUGCAUUAGUGCUUUCUCUUCUAAAACUUCGUUACCUCAUCAAUCCUUUCCAUGGAAUUCGCAUCUUCAACAUCCAAACUCCCAGAGAUGUACGACGUGCUCAUCAACUUCACAGGAGAAGACAUCCGCAUAAAAUUUGUUUCUCAUCUUGAUUCUGCCCUCACUUCUGUUGGACUCACCACUCUCCUUCACCACGACAAUGUAGUAAAGUCAAUGCACAUCCAACAACCUAUUCUGAAUCGGUGUCGGGUAACAAUUGUUGUUUUCACCAAAACCUAUUCUGAAUCUGUUUGGUGUCUUCAUCAGCUGCAACAAAUCAUUGAAUGGCACCAAACUUAUUGCCGACAUGUUCUACCCGUAUACUACGAAAUUCAGCCAUCUGAUGUACGUCUUCAGAAGGGUGAUUUUGGAAAAGCCUUCAAAGCAACUGCACAACAAACAUUUUCCCCACAACAAAUGGAGCAUGGCAUGUCCGGCUGGAGAGCAAUCACAGGUAAGAACCCAGAAGUCGAUUUUAUUUUGAGUUUCUCAAGCGAACAACUCAUUUUCUUCUUAUAUUUUGUCAGAUCUAACUUUUUUCAUGCGCUUUUUUACAGGAUUGCUACAUGUCUAAUAUGGUUCACUGCGACAGAUUUAACAUCAGGCUUCAAAUCAAGAUUUCAAACUGAUUCAAGAGUCUUUUUCGCUGUACAACUUAACUGGCUUCAAAUCAAGAUUUCAAAGUCAUGCACGAGUCUUUUUCGCUUUACAACUUAACUGAAAUGGUUGGCAGAUUCAUUUCUAUGUUUUUGAAAGACCAGGACUUUGGACACGUCGACCGAGUGUUCAUAAUACGCUGUUGGAAGGACCUUGCUAUUAAAUGGAUUGUUGUUGAUUACCAAAGUAAUGUUCACCAUGUUACUUACAACAUGGAUAUUCACACUCGAAUGAUUACCCAAGGUUGGAACCAACUAAGAUCUUUCUAUGGAGAUCAUCAACUCUCUGCAGAGGAUCACCCUGAAUUGUUUUUUGAAAUUGAAAGUGAAAGAACAAGCAGAGAUAUCAAAGUUCUUUAUCCAUUUUUUUGGUAUUAAAGUUGAAAA